GGUCACCCUGUUUUCAGUAAAACGGCCCCAUCUGCUACGCCUUUCUUUUGUCAUGUCAUCUAGUACCUGGGAAACUGUCGCUGCCGACAAGAGGGCACGGCUGGAGAAGUCCAUCCCAGACGAAUGGAGAAUCAAGUCUCGCCCAAUAGAAGGCCCAGCUAUUGACUUGCCUGAUCGACUUGGAAUUCUGUCCUCCGCUGAGCUGAAAAUUACAAAUUCGUCAGCGACAGAGCUUGUUGCUCAACUAUGCGAUGGCACACUGAAGGCUGUUGAUGUGACACUGGCAUUCUGCAAAAGAGCUGCACUGGCACAACAACUUACCAAUUGUACGCAUGAUUUCUUCCCAGAGCUAGCAUUAGCGCAAGCCAGAGACCUUGACGCAUACUUCGAGAGAAACAAAAAACCGGUUGGUCCGUUACAUGGAUUGCCAAUCUCGUUGAAGGACCAAUUGCGGGUAAAGGGAACAGAGACAUUUAUGGCAUAUAUUUCUUGGUUAAAUAAACCCGACACAAGCGAUUCAGUGUUAGUGACCCUCUUGAGAAAGGCGGGCGCAGUGUUCUACGUCAAGACGAGUGUUCCACAAACUCUGAUGGUUUGCGAAGCUGUCAAUAAUGUUAUUGGGCGAACUAUAAACCCAAGGAAUCCCAAUUUGUCCUGUGGCGGUAGCUCUGGGGGUGAAGGCGCCAUGCUGGGGAUGCGUGGAAGCCUUAUUGGGGUGGGGACUGAUAUUGGUGGAUCUAUUCGCGUUCCAUCUGCCUUCAACUUUCUAUACGGGAUCCGUCCAAGUCACGGCCGCCUACCAUACGCUGGCAUGAAGAACAGCAUGGAGGGCCAAGAAACAGUGCACAGUGUCGUCGGGCCAAUGGCACACUCCGCCGAGGAUGUCAGGCUAUUCCUCCAAUCUGUUCUUGAACAAGAACCCUGGAAAUAUGAUUCAAAAGUCGUACCACUGCCUUGGAGAAGAAACGAGGAGAAUGCCAUUAACGCCAAAAUCGAGGCGAAGGGCUUGAACAUAGCUUUCUAUGACUUUGAUGGUGUUGUACUCCCGCACCCUCCUAUCACUCGUGGAGUGGAGAUUGUCCGCUCGGCGCUCGAAAGAGACGGACAUUCCGUAUCACCUUGGACUCCCUACAAACAUAGCUUUGGGGUUGAUCUAAUUAAUAAAAUUUACGCAGCAGAUGGCAGCACCGAUGUAUACAAGCACAUCAACGCAUCUGGAGAGCCAGCUAUUCCCAAUAUCAAAGACCUCCUGAAUCCUAACCUACCGAAGGCAGAUGUGAAUGAGGUCUGGGACAAGCAAUUGCAGAAGUGGAAUUAUCAGUGCGAGUACCUAGACAAAUGGCGCGAGUGGGAAGAGCGCACGGGUAAAGAACUUGAUGCCAUCAUCGCCCCCGUCGCACCCACAGCAGCUGUCCGGCACAACAAAUUCCGGUACUACGGAUAUGCAUCUAUUUUCAACCUCUUGGACCUCACAAGUGUUGUUGUCCCAGUCACAUUCGCAGACAAAGCGGUUGAUCACGCACUUGUCGAUUAUCAACCGGUAAAUGAUAUUGACAAGGAUGUUCAUGCGGAGUACAACCCCGAGGUCUAUCAUGGCGCACCGGUUGCCGUUCAGAUUAUCGGAAGGCGUCUUAGUGAGGAACGUACACUGGCGAUUGCGGAACAUAUUGGAAAGCUAUUGGGUCACUAAGCGUGUCUAUAUCCUUAUACAGGAGCUUGGUCUUUUGAUGCUUGCAAGUGUAUGAUCCGUUCUUCAUAAGGUAGCAAGCUCAUACCUCUAGAUCUCUUACAUCUACAAGGGGACUAGUCUACAACCAAUUUACAUGUUGCGAAUAAUGCAACGUCAUUCAUUUGCUGUCCCCUUGUAAGGUGAAUAUCAAUUAUUGAGGAUCUACGGACGGACAGCACUCUGCCGCAAAGCCCCACCACUCACGUCUCAUAUGACCUGUCCAUUGUGUAUCAAAGCUAUUACAGACAAUUCAGGAAGAGAUCAUAUCUCCUGACGUCAGGCAAUACAAUGACUAAUAAGUAUUAUGUGACCAUCAGAUGCUCCAGGGCGGGUGCGGGCGGCAA